AGUUCCGGUGUUAUUGCUUGGUGGGCGGCCUCUGCACCAGCUGAGGAGAGUGUCUUCCUUUUUCGCCGGUGUAGCGCAGUUUUGACCGGAUUUUGCGCGUUUCCUUCGGGGCAUGUAGACCGACCCUCCCGUGAACCUGAGGCCGAAGAUGCAGCUCCUCACCCCGCAUGUGUACUGGGCCCAGCGCCGCGGAGAGAUCUUCCUGCGGGUGGAGCUCUGCGAUGCCAAGAACCUGCGCAUCAGUGUGGAGGAGAACACCCUGCAGUUCAGAGCUCAGGGCCACGGAGCCAAAGGAGAGAAUGAUUACGAGUUCAGUCUGCAGUUCAGAGAGCCUGUCAAACCAGAGGUGCACCACCGGUCAACACAGCGGCAGGUGGACAUCAGAGUGUCUAAACAGGCGGAGCACUGGUGGGACAGGCUCACACUGCAGGAGAAGAGACCACUGUUCCUCGCCCCAGACUUUGACCGCUGGAUGGACGAGAGCGACGCCGAGAUGGAGCUCAAGAAGAAGGAGGAGGAGAAGAUCAGCAGCAUCAGUGUGGAGUCCAGAGUGCGCAAAGACCCGUUCCUGGGUGUGAAGCGUGGGUACCUCUUCAUGUAUAAUCUGGUGCAGUUUUUGGGCUUCUCCUGGAUCUUCGUCAACAUGACCGUCCGCCUCUGCAUCCUCGGGCAAGACUCUUUCUACGACACGUUCCACACCACUGCAGACAUGAUGUACUUCUGUCAGAUGAUGGCUGUGCUGGAGGUGGUGAACCCUUUACUUGGCCUGGUCCGGACCGGCUUCAUCCCUGCUCUCAUCCAGGUGACGGGGAGAAACGUGAUCUUGUUCGUGAUCUUCGGCUGUGUGGAGGAGAUGCAGAACAAGGCUGUGGUGUUCUUCGUCUUUUACUUCUGGAGCUGCAUCGAAAUCUUCAGAUAUCCAUUCUACAUGCUGGGCUGCAUUGGCACAGAGUGGAAGUUGCUAACGUGGCUUCGGUACAGUCUGUGGAUCCCUCUGUAUCCUCUGGGCACCAUUGCUGAAGCUGUGGCAGUAGUUCAGUCUCUGGCUGUGUUCGAUGAGACCCGCAUGUUUGCUCUCCCACUGCCUGUGUCCCUCGGAGGCUCGCUUAGUUUCUCCUACUCUCUGCGCCUCUACCUCAUCCUCAUGUUCCUGGGUCUUUUCACCAAUUUCCGUCACUUGUAUAAACAGAGGAGACGACGAUAUCGUUCCAGAAAAAGGAAGCAGCUCUGACUUUCUCAGGCUCUGCUCCAACUCUGCAAUGUUGAUUUUUUAUUUUUUUUUAUUUAAAAUGAGUCUAAUGAAAUAUCCAUUCCAUUUUAGAGAUGUAACAAUAACCCAAAUAUCGUGAUAUCAUAUCAUCAGUAUAUGCAAUAUAUCAAAUUAUAACUUAAAUUUAUUGUUAUGGUCCAGCAAUGGCUAAAAACUGAGGAACUACAUAGACCAUGAUCCUUUGCUCUGGUUCAGUGCAGACUACAUGAAGAAAUAGCAGUUCAGCACUUUUAAAAUGCUUCGCCUUUGGUUCUGUCAUAAUUGAGAUUUAAAAGGAAAAAGUAUAUUCACAAUUUUGUCAGCCUCUACAAAAUAUCGCAAUAAAUAUCAUACUGUGACAUAUCAUGAAAUACUUAUUCUUUGCAGUGACAACAUACUGAGGGUGUUCUACAUGUAUGUCUGUGGUGGAAUGUUCAGCAGUUACAAUGGUGACACUAUGCACACAUUAGCAAACACUGUCAAAUCUUUUUUAAGAUCAUGUGAAAACUGAUGAAAAAAUACAAAACGGAUUUAAACUCCUAAAUAUCAGGAUCCUGUGAUCAAUACGAGCAUUCACAGUACUGUUUAGGUGUUUUAUUUUCAACCAAAAAGGUGAGUGAAUAACUGAUGCUAAUGCUAGCUAGGUUGGGAAUGUAAUGUUAUUUAAGAGGGACUUGUUUAGCAGCACAAAUCAGCUCUCCUGUUGUAGUUCUAACUAAACCAGCUCUUUCUUGUCAGACUUUGUUAAAACAAAGCUCAAAUUUAAGUCUAACAAACCCUUAGAUGGAGUGGUGCCUACAGUUAACAUCACACACCCAGGAAAUGUUUUUGACAUCAGCUGCAAAGUGUCAAUAUCGUACGGAGAAUUUAAAAAAAUUAAACUCUUAUCAACUGGACAAAAAGUUGUUCGAGUGGAGACGCUGCUCAUCCAAGGAGCGAACUUCUCUGAAACUAAACUAAACAGGUGUGUUAGUUUCAGUGUAGUUGGCUCCUCGCUUCAGACAGAUAUAAGGCAGUGCCCACCAGUAAUCUGACCAGAACUGAAGAAGGGUCUUGAAUGAGCAGCCAAACGUCUUCACUCCAACUUUUUGUCCAGUGACAGAAUUAAAUUUCUCUUUUAUACGCUCAUACAGGAUUACACAGAUCUCGCAUGGAGUUUCAAGUUUAAAAACUGUCCAAACUUUGAAAGAAAAACCUAAUAACUUUGUCCUUGACUUGCCUGGACUUACAUUAUUUGUCCGUUUGAACGUUUGUGUUUUUAAUUGUAUUUUCCUUAAAUAUAUUAUAUUUAUUUCCAAAAAAUUGUAAAAGUGCAUAUGACAUGUUUUCAUGUUUUUCUAAUUCUGACUUGUUUUGGUGUGGUAGUAUCUGUGCUGCAAAUAUUUAUCAUAGUUUUCCAUUAUUUAAGAAGCAGUUUGAGAAGAACAGUUGAGAAGAAAAGUACAAAAAUACAGGAAGCAGCACUGAGUUGUAAAACAGAAUCCCUCUGCCUCUGUCACAGAAAACUCCAUCCAGACAAUUUCGACAUAAGGAAGGCAUUUUUCUGACAGUUCAAGCCUUCAUUUAACUAAAGGUGUUGUCUUAUUGCACAAUAGUUAUGAUUUCAAAAAUAAAUAUAACUGACAAGAUUUGGGCCUUUUUUGCAGUAUGGCAGGUAGGACUCAUAGGUACUAGAUAAAUUAUGGAAUUGCCUCUACAUGUGUCACAUCUGCAGCCUGUGUCCAACCAGGAAGUAAAAUUAUAAGCUUCAUCAAAAUUUUAUAAUGCCAGAAAAGACGAUGCAAAUGUUUAGUCAAAUCUUAAAUCUAAUGAUAAGUGUGUUGGUGAAAUGAGUCUAACAUGACAUAUGCACUUUGAAUAACAAAAGUGUUUAUUAUUGCCACAACUAUCUGUCAGAAAGCAACAUUUGGAAUUUCUGGUACUUUUACGGAGCCUGUACUAGUAUUUUUUCCCCAAAAUAAAACAAAAUCUGGUACAGGCCCUUUAAGGUGGUGUUUUCAGUGUUGCUUUUAGCUUAAGUUUCCUUUUCACCUUUGGUCUUUCUGUUUGGAUUUUGUUUGUAAGUGAUUUAUGGCAAUAUCCUGAGCCUGUUAUUAUGAUAUGAAUGAAUAAAUGUCAGAUCUCCUAA